CUUUACCGCAUUCAACAGUGUUUUCCCAAUCGGAGCAGAGUUAGAGCCGUGGAAGUAAAUGAAAAAUUGCGACAAGGAGGUAAAAAGGGAGACUGGAAACAGUUUGGAACGUUUAUUUAAAAAUUUUUUUGGGGGGGGCUUUCUAAAACAGAAAACUCUGCAGCGCUUUGGACGAUGCGGACUGAGAGUUCUGGAGCUUCAGAUGAGAAGAUUUAAACAACAGAAGCUGUAAAAGACUUUUUUCCACCCCCACUCCCCUCCUUUUUUUCUAUUCCAGCGGAUUGCUUUCCCCCCUCUUCCUUCCCUCCGUCAGGAUUUUUGCCACCACAGAUCAGUAGAGGGUGUCAGAUCUUUCUCGGAGCGGCACACUGUGGGGAUGAGCGCAGCCUUCGCGCUCGCCUUAUUGUGACAAAAAAAGGGGGGUGGGAAGGGAAAAACAAAAGCAUAAGAAAAAGGGGGAGCAAAAAGCGGUUGACGAAGUGUAAGGAAUGUGAAAGAAGGGGAUGCGGGUGUUUCGGAUCAGCUGCGCAGGCUGUAAAUUCAGCACCAGAGGGGGGGAGGAGAGAGAGAGGAGAGUGGAGAAAGGGGGGGAAAGGACAGAUCCCGACGCCGCAGCGCGCCGCACGACUCCGGGAGAUUUCUUCAGCUUUCCAUCAGCGCGCCAAGAGUCAAACUGGACGUCUGGACGCAGCCUGGAUGUGCUCCUCAUCUCCUUCCUAAAUGUCUCCGUCUCCAUCCCCCCCCUCCUCCUCCUUCACCGCCACCUCUCGCUGAUGCAGACUAGAUUCGCAGCUCCUACAUGUCUUGAAAGGCGGGAAUGAAUCGUUCGCGCUGAGAGGAAAAAAAAAACGGAGGGGGAAAAAAUGCUGCUCUGGAUCAUCCUGCUGAAUGCGGCUCUCUGCGUUGCCAGCGGAAAUGUCACCAGGGAGGUUUGCAAGGAGAAGAUCUGCUCCUGCAGCGAGGUGGAGGGUGACCUGCACGUCGACUGCGAGAAACGGCACUUCAACACGCUGCGGCACCUGACCGGCCCCAGCUCUCACUUCUACCACCUGCUGCUGCACGGCAACUCUCUGUCCAGGCUCUUCCCCAAUGAGUUCGCCAACUUCUACAAUGCUGUGAGCCUGCACCUGGAGAACAACGGCCUGCAUGACAUCGUGCCCGGCGCCUUCCUGGGGCUGCAGUUGGUCAAGAGGCUCCACAUCAGCAACAACAAGAUGCGGUCUUUCAAGAAAAGCACCUUCCUGGGCUUGGACGACUUGGAAUACCUCCAGGCGGACUUUAAUUUGCUGAGGGACAUUGACCCGGCUGUUUUCAGGGACCUAAACAAACUGGAGGUGUUGAUACUAAAUGACAACCUCAUCAGUGCUCUACCUAUAAACGUGUUCCAGCACGUGCCCAUCACACAUCUUGAUCUGAGGGGGAAUCGGAUCAAGACGUUGCCUUAUGAGGGGAUUCUGGAGCAAAUACCCGGUAUCGCAGAAGUGCUGCUAGAGGACAACCCGUGGGACUGUAACUGUGAGCUACUGUCCCUGAAGGAGUGGCUGGAGAACAUACCACGCAACGCCCUCAUUGGGAGGGUGGUCUGUGAGGCCCCAACCAGGUUGCAGGGCAAUGACCUGAACGAGACCUCGGAGGCAGAGCUGUGUCCAUCACAGAGUGGGGGUGGAGAUAGCAGCCUGGCAGCUCCUCCCACUCAGGAGGAAACCUCUCGCCCCACGCCUUAUAAGCCCAGCAGGAAUGGUAGUGGAGGGCCCCCAACGCCUGGAGCAAAUGGCUCUAAGAGCCACUCCAAGUCCCGCGAGAACUGGCAGCUAAAAACAAGGCCCACUCCAGUGAUGGCUGGGGCAGAUGUGAACGGGGAUGGCGGCGGAGAGCAGCUGCGCAACGUGACGUGCCCACAGCCAUGCAGCUGCAAGCUGGUGGGCUCCAGACAGGGGCUGGGAGUCAACUGCGAGGGCAAAAAGAUCGAGAGCCUGGCCGGCCUCAAGCCGAAGCCCCUGGCCGCCCACGAGCUGAACAUGAGAGACAACAACAUCCAUGCUGUGAAGAGGAACCAGCUGCUUGGCUAUUCCAGCCUCAACCUGCUGGAUCUUGGUGGGAACAACAUCAAGGUUGUUGACAAUGGCACGUUCCAGAACCAGAGCGAGCUCCGGUGGCUGUACAUGGAUAAGAACUACCUGGAUACGCUGAUGGCAGAGAUGUUUGUGGGCCUCGUGAAUCUGGAAUAUCUCAGUUUGGAAUACAACGACAUCCAGCUGAUAGUGGCGGGUGCAUUCAGUCCCAUGCCAAACCUGAGGGUUCUGUUCCUGAACAACAACCUGCUGAAGGCUCUCCCUGUGGAUGCGUUCCUUGGGAUUUCUUUGUCAAAAAUCAGCCUCCAUAAUAAUUAUUUCCCCUACCUCCCCGUGACUGGUGUGUUGGACCAGCUCAACUCCAUCAUCCAGAUCGACCUGCAUGGGAACCCGUGGGAUUGCUCGUGCAACAUUGUGCCCUUCAAGCAGUGGACCGAGAGGCUCGGGGCCGACGUGAUUGUGAGCGAUCUCAAGUGCGAGUCGCCAGAGGAGUUCUGGAAACGGGACUUCCGCUAUGUGCGAAAUGACCUAAUGUGCCCCAAGGUGGGUGACGGAGACGCACCCGCUCCAGUGUCCAAGAAUGGAAGCUACACCCAGGACUCUGGUGGCACGCGCUCAAACUCAUACUUGGAGCCCAACCGGAUGUCCAUUUCGGUGCUUGUGCCCGGGCUGCUGCUCGUGUUCGUCACAUCCGCCUUCACGGUGGUGGGGAUGCUCGUGUUCAUCCUGCGGAACCGGAAGCGGUCAAAGCGGCGGGACGGCAACUCAUCCGCGUCGGAGAUCAACUCCUUACAGACGGUGUGCGACUCGUCCUACUGGCACAGUGGGCAGUAUCACGCGGAUGGAGGCACCCACCGGGGUUUCGACUGCAGCACGCACCUCUCAUCUGUGGAUGAUGCAUAAAAAACAGAGUCUGGAUUACAAACAGUAGACAAAAACUACAAAAAAAUUGUUUAGGAUUGGGGACAGACACUUGUUUAUGAACAUAUAAGUCAGCCUGAAAGCUGCACAAGCCCCCACUCUGUAAUAUAUGUAUAUGCCAAGCCCCUCUGGCUUACACCCUCCACUCCUUCCUCCCUCCUCCUCCUCUCUGCCGCAAUCGGACUACGGAUCUGGAGACAGAAAAAAAAAGAGGGAGAGAGGGGGGAAAAGGGAGCCAGGGAGAGGGUGUGUGUAUGUAUGCGAAAAGAGAAAGGAACGACCUGGGGAAUGGUGCACGAACGCAUGAAUGUACAUGUAAAUACCCAGACUGAUGUAUCAUAAAAAUGCAUGAUGAUAUUUCCGCAUGGUUUCAACAAGACACACGGCAGGGGAGGAACCAUAACCACCAACCAGGAGGCAAACUCGACCCCCCCUCUCUCAUGUUAUAUACCAACACAAUGGCUAUAUAUAUAGAUAUUAAGAAUUAUAUAUGACUAUUACAAAGUGCCAUUUCUCUAUUUUUGUGAACCUGCAGUUAGGAUUUGUAUUUGUUGUUUUAAAAUUUGUUUUGAGCUGAAAGGGACGAAAAGAAAAAACACCUGGGGGAAGGAGUGAUCAAAGUGAAGCUGUCGGUGCAUGUUCAGUUUUAUUACUGCCAUUUCUGUUGUCAGUUGAUCAUCAGUUCAUAUUUGAGAUUAUUCACACUGUAUGCUAAGUGGCAAAGCCAGUCCCAAGCAUAAGCAAACUGAGCAGCUGCUAAGGGCCUCCAGACCAGCAGGGGGAACCAAAGACUGCUUGACUCCCCAUGUUAUAUAUGAGAGUAAUUUAAAAUUUAUGAUAAAUACAGUUCCUAAAGUUAAACUGAUUUAAAAUUCUUUAAAAUUUAACAUUUUUAUUUAUGUAAUCAUCUUAAACCAUUGAAAAACGUAUCAGUCAUACGACCUUGGACCGGCUCUGCUAGGUGGUUUCUGAUUAAAAUCCCCACAAGUUUGCAGUAUGGAGGUCCAAAAGUGCCAUAAUUCCCAAAAUAAAUAGUAAAUUAAAUUCCUAUAAAAUGAUUUUAUGGUACACAACAUUGCAUAAAUAUUAAUAUAAAUUAAAAAUAUGUAUAUUUUAACAUUUAUUUAGAUUUGUUUAUGCCAUAUAAAAAUAUUUAAUGUAUAUAUUUAACAAAUUAUGGCACUUUUGGCUCUCCAUUAAGGUGAUCAUCUCCUUUUAUGAAUGUACAAAACAUGAAGACUUAGAAAAAAGAAAUACUGUUCAUUUUUUUAAAAUUGUGUGCCAAUUGUUGAAGAUAUUCAGACAUGCAGAUGAGCAUGACCAAUUAACGUCACUCAGAAGCUUAUGCUGCAAAAGUUCAUGUAGUUCCAAUAACAGUUAUGUGGUUCCUUUUUUGUGUGUGUGUGUGUCAAUGAACAUAGCCUGCUUUUGGGUGAGAGGAAGAAGAUAAAAAAAAUUAGUUAAAUUUGGGGAGGGGAGGGUUUGUACCAUCAUAUUUUUUCAACAACUGCGCAAAGAAGUGUUUCUGAUUACUCAUUGGAUCUGUGUAAAGAGGUAGACGAACAUGCAUUAGGAUAGGGUGCUUGUUUUCUUUUUAAUGUGAUAAUAAAAAAAGAGUAUUCCUCCACACAAAAUAGCUUAUGGCUGUGAUUCACUCUCAUCAUAUUGUGAGCUUUUGUAAAGCCAUCUUAAUCCUGUCCGAAUACGAGAACUGUAACGGGCUGCAUUUACUGCAAAACAGGCUGUAGUUAGGGAGAGGGGGGGUGGACACGUACACGUACACUUACAUGUAGGUGAUUAGUUAAUGCAAGAUGCCUUCUUUAAAGUCAGCAUUUUUGAAAACUUGAGAUACUCCUCCUGUUGUGCCAAAGCCUUGGUGUGGAUUUGCAGACUUGAAGAAAAAUGGAUCUACUUCCCUAAAUUUUACUCCCCUUUUUUCCUUUUACUAAAUACACAACUACCCAGCGGCUUGUUACUAGUGGGUUUAUAUAUUUUGGUCCAGCCACCUGAUUUUUCCCUUUCUUCAAAAUUUCCCUGUGCAGCCACAUUGGGAUUGGAGGGUUUGGGGUUGUUGCAUUGUGGGGAAACCAUGACUCUAUACUGUGGGGUAUUAACUGUGCCACAGAACUACUGAUGAUGAUUUGUCAUGAUUUUCAAACGCUGUGUUUCAAAGUUACAUUUAUAUGCUUUGCGAUAUUUGACCUGCUUAUAUUUUGUUAAAUAAAGUGUGGUUGAGGUUGAGUAAAAAAGGA